AUGUCGGCAUCUGAAAUGUUGUGUUUUGUUAGGUAUUUUGGACUCAUUGUAGGAGAACUAGUUCCAUUAAAAACCGAAAUUUGGAAGUUAUAUAUACACCUUCGGAAAAUUAUUGAUCUGUGUUGUGCUAGAGUAUUUCAGCCAGAAUGUGCACAUCUACUAGAUGCUUUAGUUUCAGAACAUAACAGAUUAUAUUUAAAUUUUUCUAAUGGUACAUUAAAACCCAAAUUUCAUAUCCUUACACAUUAUGGUCGUCUCCUUCUUAAAAAUGGCCCAAUUUCUUUGACAUCUUCUUUAAGAUUUGAAUCAAAACACAAGGUUUUAAAAGCAUAUGCAAAUGCCAUACCAAAUCGUAUAAAUUUUGGCCAUACUUUAUCACAUAAACUUCAGUUGCAAAUGGUUCAUCGAACUAAAAAAGGAUUAGAACCAGACUUAAAAGUUGGGUCAUAUUUAAAAAUUAGUAGUAUAGUAGAGUUAAAAUUUAUAUUUCCUUCAGAUAUAAGUCUUAAGGCUUUUUCAGCAUCUUGGAUGAAAUUUAAAGGUAUUACUUAUAAACCGGGUAUGCUGGUGAUAGUAAAAAUCAAUUUAAAUGGAUGUAUUUUUGCUCAAAUAAUUAAUAUUUUUAUUAAUGGUUCUACUGUUCCAUAUUUAGUGUGUGAACUUUUUUUUACUAUUGGAUUUGAUGAUCAUUUUCAUGCUUAUGAACUAAAAAAUAUGAGACUGAAACAAAUCUUAUUGGGUAUUAUAUAA